CAGACGAGCAGUCACGCUGCUGUGAAUAGGCAAGUUCUCAGUGGUUCAGUAUCUUCUUUUUUCUCUUCGUGCAAUAUCGCCUCGACUUUCUUUCCGCUUCGACCGCGCAGUCUCCAUUGGGACGCCCGCAAGAUUCAUUUCACCAUCGAUCGCGAUCGCAAGGAUGUCGACCAUGGAAAGCAAAGGCUGUUCGGGUUGCUCUGGCCCCGGCUACAAAUCGCCAAUGGCCGCGAUGACCCAGGGUCCUCGUGAGAAGCUGAUGUAUGUUGUUGGCAUUCACACGGAUCCAAAGAAAGCGGAUGUACUUUGCACCGUCGACGUGGACCCAACGAGCGCCACUUACUGCAAGAUUAUCCACAAGCUGCGGAUGCCUCAUGUCGGUGAUGAAUUGCACCAUUCUGGAUGGAACAUUUGCAGCAGUUGUCACGGCACACCGCGGAAACGGGACACCUUAGUACUCCCGUGCUUGAUGUCCGAUCGUGUAUACUUCAUCGAUACGAGCAAGGAACGGGUACCAUCCAUAAAGAAGGUAUUGUCAUCGACGGAUGUACACGGAUGUGGAGUAACGACUAUGCAUACUAGUCAUUGCGCACCGACAGGAGAGAUCAUGAUAUCCACGAUGGGCAAAACGAACGGUGACGCGCAAGGUGACUUUCUGUGCGUCGACUCGAAAACGUUCGAGGUAAAAGGUUUAUGGACGACAGGAGAAAAAAAAGCAGCUUUCGGUUACGAUUUCUGGUACCAACCAUAUCACGACGUACUCGUCGGCAGUGAAUGGGGCGUACCAAAAGUGUUUAAACGGGGCUACCAGCCGACCGAUAGCUCCGAUCCUGCGAUUUACGGUAGAAGCUUAAACUUUUAUUCCUGGAGCGAGAGAAAGUUGAAGCAAGUGAUUAAUUUGGGCGAUGAUGGUAUCGCGCCUCUCGAAAUAAGGUUCCUGCACGAUCCAAAAGCCAGCGAGGGAUUCGUUGGAUGCGCAGUCACCUCGAACGUUCAUAGAUUUCACAAAACACCCGAAGGCGUUUGGCAUGCCGAAAAGGUUAUUCAAGUCCCUCAUAAGAAAGUCGAGGGCUGGCUUACUCCGCAGAUGUCAGGAAUGAUAACUGACAUAUUGAUCAGUCUUGACGAUAAAUACCUGUAUCUUUCCAACUGGCUCCACGGCGACGUCAGGCAAUACGAUAUCUCCGAUACGAAGAAUCCAAAGUUAACGGGCCAAAUCUUUCUCGGUGGAUCCAUUUUAAACGAUUCGAAGGUUCGCGUGAUUGACGAUGAGGAACUGACAGCUCAACCGAGUCCUGUUUACAUAAAAGGACGCCGAUUUUACGGAUCGCCACAGAUGCUUCAACUAAGCCUCGACGGCACACGCUUAUACGUGACUACAUCUAUUUUCAAACCUUGGGACCAGCUUUUUUACCCCGACCACGUCACGAAUGGGUCAGUGAUGGUCAAACUAGACGUGAACGUACAAAACGGUGGUUUAAAACUUGACGAUCAAUUUUUGAUUGACUUUGGCGAGGAUAAGAAUGAUAUAUUACUUGCGCAUGAAAUGCGUUACCCCGGAGGUGAUUGUACAUCCGACAUAUGGUUACCGGAAGAUCAGUAAUUAACCUCCUUGUAUCUUGUUCUUUACCACCUAAAACUCUAUUAUUGUGUCCGAUUACUUCUCUGUGAGAUG